AUGGAUCCCACCAAAUCGGGAUUGAGUGAUGCGAUAGCCGGAUACGCCCAGGCCGUCUGGCUCAUGCAAGCUCUCGGUGGCUGCAUAGAAGCCAUCAAUGGCGUGUUCUCACUGCUUUUAACACUCUCGUUUUUGACCACCGGUGGCUUAUCCUGGCCCUAUGAUGCAUCUCUUGUGGAUUGGAAUCUUAAUCAAAACAAAACCGCUCAAGGCCCAAUCGAUUACUGGGGGGCCUGGCCGAACCAUGACUAUCAUCCAUCACCGGAAAAUUGGCGGUUCCCUUUCUAUACAAUCUUUCUGGAUCGGAUAUCCAAUGGCGACCCGACAAACGAUGAUAACAACGGAACUGCAUUCGAGCAUGUUAUCAACUCGAAUCAAAUGCGACAUGGCGGCGACAUCGAGGGCUUGUUAGAUACGCUGGACUAUAUCCAUGGCAUGGGGUUCAAGGCCAUCUACUUCGCCGGGACAUAUUUAGAGAACUUACCUUGGGCCUACGAUGGCUACUCACCGGCGGAUACAACCCUCCUCGAUAAACAUUAUGGGACAUUGGAGGACUGGAGGCGUCUUGUCACGGAGAUUCACGAUCGUGACAUGUAUGUCCUCGUGGACAAUACACUUGCAACGCUGAGCAACCUGAUCGGAUUCAAAGGCCACUUGAAUGGCUCAGCACCAUUCACAGCAGCCGAAUACGAUGUCGAGUGGGUCACAGACAGACAAUAUGCGGAUUUUUCAUUCGGAAACACCUGGAAUGACACAUGCAACUACCCCAACUUUUGGUACGAAAAUGGAUAUCCCUUGACAACCAUGGGAGUCCAGGACCUCAGUGGGUGCUAUAACAGUGACUUUGAUCAAUACGGAGAGCUAGAGGCCUUUGGCAACUUCCCUGACUGGCAGCGCCAGCUCACAAAGUUUGCCUCGGUGCAAGAUCGCCUUCGUGAGUGGCAUAAACCAGUCCGCGAUGUCAUCACUCGGCAUUCCUGCUUCCAAAUUGCCAGUCUCGAUAUCGAUGGCUUCCGCUUCGAUAAGGCCGUUCAAGCGACACUUGAGCCCCUAAGUGAGAUGAUGGCUGUCUAUCGCGAAUGCGCUAAGACAUUAGGCAAGAACAAUUUCUUCCUUCCCGGAGAGAUCACAUCUGGAAACACCUUUGGCAGUCUCUACCUGGGGCGAGGUCGCCAGCCAAACCAGUACCCAGCGUCCCCAACCGCUGGUAUAAAUUUGACAAACACAUCUUCCUCAGAUUUCUUCCUCAGAGAUGAUGGCUUGCAGGCUUUGGAUGCUACGGCAUUCCACUAUACAAUUUACCGUUCCAUGACCCGUUUUCUGGGAAUGGAUGGUAACUUGGUUGCUGGCUUCGAUUUGCCGACCGAUUUUAUUGACGCCUGGAACGAUAUGCUUGUCUCAAAUGAUUUCAUCAAUGCAUUCACUGGAGAGGUAGAUCCCCGACACAUGUAUGGUGUUUCUAAUCAAGACAACUUCCGUUGGCCCUCAAUCAAGAACGGCACUGCAAAGUAUCUUUUGGGUUUGAAUGUUAUAACUCUGGUCCUUCCUGGAAUUCCUCUCAUUUUGUGGGGCGAAGAGCAAGCAAUGUAUGUGUUUGAUGCUACCGCGUCCAACUACCUCUACGGCCGCCAGCCAAUGUCAUCUCACACCGCAUGGUGGACAAAUGGCUGCUUCAAUCUAAACACAACAAAAUUCUACGACUUUCCGAUCGAGUCAGGCCGGAACGGUUGCAAUGACAUCACUGUCACAUACGAUCAGCGCAAUCCUGCCCACCCACUUCGCAACAUCAUGAAGCGAAUGUUUGAAAUUCGAGCCAAUCACCCGGUCGCGAAUGAUGGAUUCUUUCUCCAAACGAUUUCCCAGCUUACGGAAGACAUCUAUCUUCCUGGAUCUUCGACCACUCCCACGGUCACCGGUCUUUGGUCGGUUUUGCGGUCUUAUUACCCUAAGAUCCAGGUAGAUGAAAUUACGGCAAAUGAAAGUAUGUGGCUCGUUUAUCAGAAUGGGAACACGACAAAGACAUAUGGCGGCAGCUGUUCUAACAGUACCGCUGCCUUGCUCUCUCCAUUCGUAUCAGGCCAGAAGUUGAAGAAUCUCUUCUAUCCCUACGACGAGCUUACGGUGGACGAUGGUCCCACGGCAACCUACGGAUGCAUCAAAGGAGGCAUAGAGCUGCUUCCUUGGGAAUACAGAGCCUAUAUUCUAGCUGAUUUGUUCGUGGAACCUGGUCCAACUGUCACUGAAUUUAUUCCUGGACAUGAUUCUCGGCUCUUGUCUGCAGAAGAUACGAGUGAGACCAUCCCAAUUCAGCUGGGUUACUCUAUGGAGAUGGACUGUGAUAUUAUCACCAAAGCAAUUACUUUGAACUCCACAACAGAGAAAGGAAUCACCAUCUCUCUCGAUACUUCUAGUGUCGUUUGUGCCAACGUUACAGCGAGGACAACAAGCAACAACUACACUGGGGAGAUUCCGACUGUUUGGACUUGGUCAGCGAAUCUGACCAAUGCCUACCAUGGAAUUCACCAAAUCACCGUAGCGAAUGUUUCCACGUCUACCAGCUCCGGGAUUUAUACCAAUGCCACUGACAGCUUCUUGCUCCGCAUCGGUGUUCCCACCAACCCACUGAUCACCCCACUGUCAAAUUACUCCACCACUCUCGUGCACAAGUCAGAUGAUGGAUACUACGUCAAGCAUAAUGCUGCAGGUGCAGACAAGUUCCGGUACUCUGCUGAUUUUGGAAGCACCUGGUCGGAUUGGACAGCCUAUGAAGGAGGCAACACGAGUGUCACCAUUCCAACCUUCACUGGGGCAUCCAGUCAGGCUUGGAAAGGCACUCAUAUCCGCGUGCAAUACUUUUCAAGGCUCACGGGAAGCGCCGAUUACAUCCAGGAGGGGGAUUACGACUGGAAGGAAAACGCAGCCCGAAGAUUCCCGAAUAUGUGGUUCAAUGGCCCAUUUAACCAGUACGGCUAUGAUGCAGGAGUGGACAACAAGAUGCAGUUUGACGCGAAGACAAUGCGCUGGAACUACGAUUUCGUCUAUGAAUGGCCUGCCGUGGGGCAAUUGAAUGCGUGGGGCAUUGACCCAUCUGGUGUUCCCGAUAACACGGAGGUGUACGGCGACGUCGGCAACUCCUCGACAAUAUUGAAGCUUCCCCCGUCUUAUCUCUCGUCCAACGUGAUUAACAUCACCGAGUUGCCCCCGUUCCCACAUCUCGGAUGGAAGAUCUCUCUCAAUGAUGGUAACCUUCGUUAUGAAAAGAUUCCCAUCGGAUCCGGAUGGGCCCAACUUGUUCUCUUCAUUCUUCUUUGUAUUGGACCAAUCAUUAUGGGCCUAGCAGGAGUCUUUAUCUUUAUCGGGUCGUUCUACCAAGUCAAGCUCAACAAAGAUGGCAAUAUGGUCAAGGUCGAAAAGCUACCUGUGCUAUUAUGGCGCAAAGUCAAAAGCAAGUUUUCUAAACAGAGCGACCCCGACGCAAUUUCAGAAAAGGUUCUUCCGACGGGCAUUCUUGUUAGAGGGGACCAACAACGACGUACUGUUUUGAUUGCCACCAUGGAGUAUGACAUUCAAGACUGGCAGCUGAAAGUGAAGAUUGGUGGUCUGGGAGUCAUGGCUCAGCUCAUGUCCCUAAACUUGAAGCACCAGAAUCUCAUCUGGGUGGUGCCAUGUGUUGGUGAUAUCGAUUACCCUGUGGACACACCUAUUGAACCCUUCGUCGUCACAAUUCUCGACAAACCGUACAUGGUGAAGGUUCAAUACCAUAUCGUGGACAAUAUCACCUAUGUCCUGCUUGAUGCACCAGUCUUCCGGCACCAGACUAAGGCCGAGCCUUAUCCACCCCGUAUGGACGAUCUUGAAAGUGCAAUCUACUACUCGGCUUGGAAUCAGUGCAUUGCGGAGACAAUCAAGCGAUCCCCAUCUGUGGACUUCUACCACAUAAAUGAUUUCCAUGGAUGUGUCGCACCGCUCUACUUACUGCCUCAAACAAUCCCAGUUUGCCUGUCCUUGCACAACGCUGAAUUCCAGGGGCUUUGGCCUUUAAGAACACAGAAAGAGAAGGAAGAAGUCUGCUCUGUUUUCAAUCUUCCAAUUGAUACAGCGACCAAAUAUUGUCAGUUUGGAAAUGUCUUCAAUCUCUUACACACGGGUGCCAGCUACCUGCGAUUUCACCAGCGUGGCUUUGGCGCAGUGGGUGUAUCUCAAAAGUACGGAAGGCGAUCAUGGGCCCGAUAUCCAAUUUUCUGGAGUCUCAGCAGCAUCGGAAGCCUUCCGAACCCGGAUCCCUCUGACACAGCUUCCGUGGAUAAAAAUGCAGAAGUGGCGGUAACAGUUCAAUCUAAUGCCGAAUCCAUCCACGAUAAGCUUCAAGCACAGAAAUGGGCUGGUCUGAACGAGGACCCGAACGCAGAUUUGCUCGUGUUCGUUGGACGAUGGUCCAAGCAGAAGGGAGUGGACUUGAUUGCAGAUGUCAUGCCGGAGAUUCUAUCCGCCAGGCCUCUUGUCCAAUUGAUCGUGAUUGGUCCCCUUGUUGAUUUGUAUGGCAAGCUAGCUGCGAUCAAACUCCAGCGAAUCAUGGAAAUGUACCCAGGUCGUGUCUUCUCCAAGCCGGAGUUUACAAUUCUUCCACCAUAUGUAUUUUCUGGUGCCGACUUUGCCUUGAUCCCAUCACGAGAUGAGCCAUUUGGAUUGGUCGCCGUCGAGUUCGGUCGCAAAGGUGCCCUCGGAAUCGGUUCACGCAUUGGAGGUCUUGGGCAAAUGCCUGGGUGGUGGUAUACUGUGGAGUCAGAUUCGGCUCGUCAUCUCUUGCAUCAGUUGAGAACAGCCAUAGAAUCUGCACUGGACUCAUCUAAUGAGGUCAGAGGGGAGAUGCGUGCCAACUCCGCCAAGCAAAGAUUCCCCGUUCUUGAGUGGGUUCAGAAACUUGAAAAGCUGCAACGAACUGCUAUCGAGAUCCACCACAGAAAGAACAAGAACAGUAUUGUUGGGAUCAGUCGAAACUCUCAGGCAGACGGAGACAUGCAGGUCCUGCGACCCUCCUCAAGAUCCCGCCCUGUUUCUCAUCAGUCUAUGGCCGAGGUCAUGGAAACGGACACAAGGAGAGUAUCAGACCCCAUUCAGCCUUCUCUUCUCGAGCUACAGGCUGCCGAUCUUGCAGAGAUUCGGGGGUACAAUGGCCCUAGAAACAGCAUGCUAGGUCGAACACUGUCACUCGGUAGACGAUCUGGACCUGGACGGCUAUCCAACGGCGAUUCUACCGAUGCUGGGGACAGUGGUACCGAGACUCCAACGGAGAGAACUAUAUCCCCCGAAGAGGCAAUGGCGGCAUUCAAUCAGACUCUUCAGGAUCUUGACAUAUCUCCUCGUGGACGUGGAAAUCGACACUCCAAUGGCGAGACUAUUACUUCUGAGUCGUCACGCUUUGUCUCGCGGGACACUUCCCCAGCCAGGGCACCCAUGCUGAAUCGAGGUAGUUUGAAUUCUGGUGACCCGACUCCCUUUACACACAUGCGUAGUUAUACUACCGCCGAUUCAUCUCGCUUUGUUUCAAGGGACACCUCGCCGGUCAGAACAUCCAUGUAUCAAGGUGGCCUAAUUUCUGGUGAUGCCACACCUGUUAACUACACACGAAGCCUGUCUAUGCUCUCGGUGGUUUCUGUCUUUGAGGAUCACGACCAACCUGUCUUCAACCUGCAGAAGGUCGACCCCACCUUCACUGACAGUAUGGGUUAUUUCACACGCAACUUCGAAAAACUACUUGUCAACCUCAACAAGAAAAAUUCGACAACAGAUCAUUGCAUCGAGGUUUACUUGACGAAGAGUGAACGGAAAUUCUUCGACAUGUACACCGACGCGCAGUUAAAAAAGCAGCCCAAAAUCUUAGAGCGGCCUCUGACUGGAACUGGCUCAGAGACUGUUGUUGAGGAUAUGGAGGACGGCAACACCUCGACUCCGCCUGAAGACUUGGAACUGAACGGAGCACAAGACAUUGAUCAAUGGCUUUCCCGUCUGGGCUACAAGAGACCUAUGGCCAUCCGCAGAUUCAUGAGAUGGCGCGUCGGGAACUGGCCCGUCUACGCUUUGUUCCUGGGUCUUGGGCAGAUUAUCGCGACCAAUUCAUCACAAAUCACACUUUUGGUUGGUCAGAUCGGUGAAUCCCCAGUCAAGCUUUACGUGAUUGCAUCCGUCUAUUGCCUGUUCUCAAUCUUCUGGUGGUUCUUGUUCUACCGGUUCCCAUCCGUCAUAGCCCUCACCCUCCCGUGGUUCCUCUACUCUGCUGCAUUCAUGAUCAUCGGCGUCUCACCAUUCGCACUUUCGACGCUCGGUCAAGCCUGGGCGCACUAUGUUGGUGCAGGUGUUUACGCCGCGGCAUCCUCCAGUGGCUCCUUAUUCUUCGCGCUUAAUUUUGGUGACCAGGGUGCUGUCCCAGUCAAAGAUUGGAUGUUCCGCGCAAGUCUGAUCCAAGGUAUCUCGCAGCUUUACACGGUCGCACUUUGGUUCUGGAGCUCCCGCGUCACUGCUGUCGAAGUUGAGGGUAUUACAACAGCUGCCCUGAGCACAUGGAGACUCACAGCUGUGGUGAUGCCCAUUUCAGCCGUGUGUUUCAUCAUCGGUGUGCUUCUUGCCCUAGGACUUCCCCAGUACUACCGCCAAGCACCAGGAAAAAUCCUCUUCUUCUAUAAAUCCCUGUUCCGUCGACGCAUUGUUCUGUGGUUCUUCUUCAUGGUCAUCAUCCAGAACUGGUUCCUUUCAGCCGUAUUCGGUCGCAACUGGACAUUCCUUUGGUCUUCUCAACAUGCCAAGUCAUGGGAAGUCCUCAUCUUGGUCUUAUUCUUCUUUAUUGUUGUUUGGGUUGCUGCUCUUCUUAUUUUCCGUUUCUUGUCGAAAGAGCACAGCUGGAUCUUACCUGUGUUUGGUCUGAGUCUCGGUGCGCCACGAUGGGCACAAACCUGGUGGGGCGCUUCAAACAUAGGCUACUACCUCCCAUGGGCCGGAGGCCUGACUUCAGGAGCUCUGAUCUCGCGAUGCCUCUGGCUCUGGCUCGGUGUAUUAGACGAGAUUCAGCAAGUUGGUUUGGGAAUGAUCUUGUUACAGACAUUAACCAGGGUCCACGUCUGCUUCGUCCUCUUGGCUGCUCAGGCUCUUGGAUCUAUUGCCACAAUUUGUGCGCGUGCCUUUGCACCCAACAAAAUAGGCCCUGCUGGUGUCUCUCCAGAUAUUGGCUCAUCAUUGGACAGGGUUGCCAAUGCGUGGUUCUGGGUUGCUCUCGCCUUUCAGCUUUUCGCCAGUUUCGGUUUCCUUCUCUUUUAUCGUCGAGAACAGCUUAAUAGGCCCUGA